AUGGCAGGCUCCAAGCUGCCAAAUGGAAGGCAGAGUCACCAGCUUCAAGAUCGACUCCCACGCCGCAACGCUUUGGUCUUGUACGGCUCAGAGACCGGCAAUGCUCAAGACGUGGCGGAGGAAAUUGGCCGCAUGACUGAACGCCUCCGCUUCGAUACUACCGUGCUUGACCUCGAUUCUGUGCAGCUUAGAGAUCUCGUGAAGCCGACGGUGGUACUUUUCGCCAUCUCCACCACUGGCCAAGGUGAGCUCCCGCAGAAUGCUCGCGCCUUUUGGAGGAAACUGCUCAGCAGUGCCUUGAAGCCCGGAGUCUUGCGCAAGCUGCGCUUCUCGUCAUUUGGCCUGGGCGACAGCUCGUAUGCUCAAUACAACGUUGCGCACCGCUUGUUGCAUGGCCGGCUUGUGCAACUUGGAGCCCAGAGUGUCUGCGAGCGCGGCGAGGGCAACGAACAGCAUCCUGAAGGUCAUAGUGCCGGCUUUCGAGAGUGGAUCGUCCAGCUCAAGAAGCAGCUAUUGGACAUCUUCCCCUUGCCAGACGGUCUGCACCCCAUCCCGGAGCACGAGUUCGUCGAGCCGAAAUGGAAGCUGGAGCUGAAGGAUGCUUUCCAUGCUUCUGCUUCGAAUGACGGGGCUUGGCCUGCCGGUGAGCUCUCGGACGAGAAGACUCCCUCCGUCGACCCAUUGCCAGUCAAGGGAUCCACUCUUGCUACCAUAGAGCACAAUGAUCGUGUCACUGCCACGAACCAUUUUCAAGAUGUAAGGCUACUGGACCUUCGAAUCAAAGAAAGGGUUGCAUAUGGCCCUGGAGCCGUCGCGGUAAUAUAUCCCAAGAACUUUCCUGAGGACGUUCAAUCUUUCAUCGAGCUCAUGAAAUGGCGAGAUGUUGCAGAUCAGCCUCUCUCACUGACUACAGAUCAAGUGGUAUCAGCUUCUGAGCUGUCAACGCCAUCACCAUUACGGCACCUCGAUUUGACCCGUGUCCAUCUCACAUUGCGCUGGCUUCUAGAAAACGUCCUCGAUAUCAUGUCCAUCCCGCGGAGGUCCUUCUUCGCCGCACUGGCACACUUUGCUGGCAGCAGCAACGAAGACGAAGAGUACCAGAAAGAACGACUUCUCGAGCUGGCAAACCCCGAACUGAUCGACGAACUAUGGGACUACACCACGCGACCGAAGCGGACCAUUGUUGAGGUCAUGAUGGAUUUUGCAACUAUUAGAAUACCAUGGCAAUACGCGUUGUCAACUUUGCCCUUGAUGCGCGGCAGACAGUUCAGCAUUGCUAGUGGUGGUAGAUUGAAGAUGGAUGGAGAAGGAAACACCAGGGUUCAGCUUCUCAUCGCCAUUGUCAAUCCGCCGAGUCCGAUCAUCAAAUGGCGCAAGAGAUAUGGUGUCUGUACCAGGUACGUUUCGACGCUCCAGAACCAGCAGCAGAUCAACGUUCAGAUCCAGGAGGGCUAUCUGGAUGUCCAGCCUAACGAGCUUGCACAUCCGGUCGUACUAAUCGGACCUGGAACGGGGCUUGCUCCAAUGCGAUCAAUGAUUCACGAGCGAUGCAUGUGGGCAGACAAGAAUCCCAUUAAGUCCUCAGAGCAUGCACUCGAUGGCGACAUCCUUUUCUUCGGCUGUCGAAAUGAGAAAGCCGACUACUUCUUCCGCGAAGAGUGGGAACAAUUCGCGAGCAUGGCGAAGCUACGCCAUUACACGGCAUUCUCGAGGGACAGUGACAAGCCAAGACAGUACGUCCAGGACCAAAUUCGUGCACGCGGAUCAGAAGUAUGUGAGGCACUGGCUACGCGCAAUGGCAAAGUGUAUGUCUGUGGAUCCUCGGGAAAUAUGCCCAAAGGCGUAAGACAGGCACUAUUGGAUGCCUUCGUAGAACAUCAAAAGCUCGACUUGGCAGAGGCCGAGAAACUUCUUGAGACAAUGGAGAAGAGCGGAAGAUACAAACAAGAGACAUGGUAA